AUGUUCUUCCACAGACUCGCCUUCUCGGUACUGCUCCUGGGGCCCUGGGCCUGCGCGUGGCCGACACGCUUUUCGGACAUCAAUAGCACAUCCCACCUGGACCUAGUGACACAUGAACCGGACGCCAGCCACGCAACCCACCCGAAUGGAGCGGCACACAUCGUGAACACAAAGAACACCAGCCACCUCGACCGAAGACAAUGCGUGCGCAGAUCAGCUGCAGACAAUGCGGGCUUCGACUGUGACUUUCGCCUCCCAUCUGUCGACGACAUCGUCGAGCAACUCCAAAAUCCCCACAAUGGUCAAGGUGUCAAUGUCGAUCGUCCCGCAGUGUUUUAUUCCAACUUACGCUAUCCAGUGCCCGAGCGAAAAGAUGACAGCAACGAAUACCGGGCGUCUCUUCUGGCGUGGGUAGGAGGCUGGCUAAAGCAGAAGCACUUUUGGAAUGGCGAUGACCUGAAGUUCUAUUGGUCCCUCGGUCCAUUUGACACGGAAUGGCUCGACGAGCAGGAAAGAUUCAUCAACGCAAAUUCCGAUGCAUUCGAAGUCCAAUAUCCAACUGAUUUUAUGCCGACAGAAGAUUCCGAUGGCGAGGAGGACAUCAGACCUAUCUACCUGUUCAACCACUGUUACUACCAGGCUCUCGGUCGGGCUGCAAUGCAUCAGGACGCCUAUAUCUUUGCGCCCAAAGGAUCGGAAUGGUGGAGGUCUGACAGCGAUCCAGACUAUCUACAUGUCGAUCCUCAGCCACUGAAGUACAAGAGAGAGCACCCGGAUCCUGAUCCUAAGUUUGCACCUCCUCCAGUGCAGCCGCCUGCAGAGGGACAGCCGCCUUCACAGUGCGAACAAGAGAAACUCGAUGAGCCGACAAUCCUGUGGAGUCGAGCACGUGGCGAUCUGCCCAGGCUGUUCGAUUGGAUAUGUCCUGUUGGAGUUGACCUCAUCUAUCCCCCACGGGAUGCGCCGCCUCAAGAUGAGCCGGGACAGAACGGACCUCCACAGACUCAGCGUCCUCGGAAUACCUAG